UCAUAUAUUCUAUAAGAAUAUUUUAGUGCAUUUUAAAUUAUUGAAUUCAUUGUAAACAUUAUUAUAAUAUUACAUAAUGUAUGUGGGAGGGACCUAUAAAUAUAUACGACAACGUUAAACAGGUGCUACCAAAGGUUUCGUAUUCAACCACAUUGUACUCAAGGAAUCACUGGAGAUACUUAAGUUAAAUUUCAGAAGACAUGGGCGAAAAUUGUCUUUUACUGCAGAUAUUUAGAUACAAACCUUGGCUGUGCUGUUGUACCAUUGUCUAGCCUUGUUUGAGGUUAAAAUAAAAGUCAUUUACAGGAUACUAUUUCAUGGUCGAAGGUGUAAACCCUUGAUAGGGUUGUGUGAGAUUUUUAGUUGGGUGACUCAGAAUACCUUUAUUGGGGAUUGUGUAUAAUAUGUAUGACCAGUCUAUCGGGGUUGUAUAGAUAAAUACCGGGUAGAGCUUUACCAAGAGAGCUUGGUCUGGACAAGUGUAGUUAAACAACCUUACUGAACAUCUGUGAUUCUGUGAAACAGAAGCUGUGUUUGGUGCCUACAAUGUAUGCUCAGAUUGAACUUGGUAUCUGGCAUGUCUGAUGCUCGUAAAGCAAAGAUUACCCCCCUUAGAUCCCAAUAUAUCGAUUGUUUUUUCAAUUAAUACAAUAUAUAUACAGAAUAUUCAUAUCGUUCAUAUCUAACCAUCUAUACAUUAAUUUUGAAUCUCACGAAUCUCAUUAUUCUUGAAAACAAAAAGGUUACGACGCGAACAUGAACGCCUGAAUGUUAAAUAACAAGUACAGUUGUCGUCAUCAUUGUAAUACAGAACCAAUGUUAAAUAACAAGUACAGUUGUCGUCAUCAUUAUAAUACAGAACCAAUGUUAAAUAACAAGUACAGUUGUCGUCAUCAUUGUAAUACAGAACCAAUGUUAAAUAACAAGUACAGUUGUCGUCAUCAUUGUAAAACAGAACCAAUGUUAAAUAACAAGUACAGUUGUCGUCAUCAUUAUAAUACAGAACCAAUGUUAAAUAACAAGUACAGUUGUCGUCAUCAUUGUAAUACAGAACCAAUGUUAAAUAACAAGUACAGUUGUCGUCAUCAUUGUAAUACAGAACCAAUGUUAAAUAACAAGUACAGUCAUCAUUAUAAUACAGAACCAAUGUUAAAUAACAAGUACAGUUGUCGUCAUCAUUAUAAUACAGAACCAAUGUUAAAUAACAAAUACAGUUGUCGUCAUCAUUAUAAUACAGAACCAAUGUUAAAUAACAAAUACAGUUGUCGUCAUCAUUGUAAUACAGAACCAAUGUUAAAUAACAAGUACAGUUGUCGUCAUCAUUGUAAUACAGAACCAAUGUUAAAUAACAAGUACAGUCAGCAUUGUAAUACAGAACCAAUGUUAAAUAACAAGUACAGUUGUCGUCAUCAUUAUAAUACAGAACCAAUGUUAAAUAACAAGUACAGUUGUCGUCAUCAUUAUAAUACAGAACCAAUGUUAAAUAACAAGUACAGUCAGCAUUAUAAUACAGAACCAAUGUUAAAUAACAAGUACAGUUGUCGUCAUCAUUAUAAUACAGAACCAAUGUUAAAUAACAAAUACAGUUGUCGUCAUCAUUAUAAUACAGAACCAAUGUUAAAUAACAAAUACAGUUGUCGUCAUCAUUGUAAUACAGAACCAAUGUUAAAUAACAAGUACAGUUGUCGUCAUCAUUGUAAUACAGAACCAAUGUUAAAUAACAAGUACAGUCAGCAUUGUAAUACAGAACCAAUGUUAAAUAACAAGUACAGUUGUCGUCAUCAUUAUAAUACAGAACCAAUGUUAAAUAACAAGUACAGUUGUCGUCAUCAUUAUAAUACAGAACCAAUGUUAAAUAACAAGUACAGUCAGCAUUAUAAUACAGAACCAAUGUUAAAUAACAAGUACAGUUGUCGUCAUCAUUAUAAUACAGAACCAAUGUUAAAUAACAAGUACAGUUGUCGUCAUCAUUAUAAUACAGAACCGAUGUUAAAUAACAAGUACAGUUGUCGUCAUCAUUAUAAUACAGAACCAAUGAAAUCCUUUGAUAUCAGAUGUAUAGUUGUACCGGGAAAUUGUAGAUAUCUGUGUAUCUAUGUAAGGUGAACAUAUCUAGAUUAAUUAUAUGGAAAUCAUGUACAUAUUGUAUGAACAUUACAUUCCAAGUAACUAAUGCUGUCACAAAAUCAAAACAAUGUGUGGUUUUUUUAAAAAUAAUUUUAAUAAAUAUUUUUGUAUUAAAAUCUGUAAGUUGUCAUUAUUUGGUAAUUAAGAGCAAAAAUUAACCAAUUUAAACUUAGCUACGAUUGUGUAUAUCCACCGUAAAAUCCCCAGUUUUUAUAUCGUCCAACCUCUAGUAUGUACCUAGUUACGAUUGUGUAUAGCCACGGUGAAAUGCCCAGUUUAGGUAUCGUCCAACCUCUACAAUGUUGUUAGCAUAGGAAUAUACAGUGUGUACUGUGUUUUUGUCACUUCCUUACUUAUUAAAUAUUAAUUAUUGACUCAU